AUGACAUACGCUCUGUUUUUGUUAGGUGUAAUUUUAGUAAUGGGGUUUGUGGGGUUUUCUUCCAAACCUUCUCCUAUUUAUGGGGGUUUAGUGUUGAUUAUUAGUGGUGUGGUUGGGUGUGCAAUUAUCUUAAAUUGUGGGGGACGUUGGGGCAUGAUGGUUGCUUUUGGAUACACUACGGCGAUGGCUAUUGAGGAAUAUCCUGAGCCAUGGGGAUCAGGGGUUGAGGUUUUGGUAAGUGUUUUGGUAGGGUUAGCAAUGGAAGUGGGGUUAGUGUUAUGGGUGAAGGAAUAUGAUGGGGUGGUAGUGGUGGUAAAUUUUAAUAGUGUGGGAAGUUGGGUAAUUUAUGAGGGGGAAGGGCCAGGGUUGAUUCGGGAAGAUCCUAUUGGUGCAGGGGCUUUAUAUGAUUAUGGGCGCUGA